AUGGACCUUACACUCCAGCUUCUACUGGUGGCCUCAGGAUUCGGGGAUGGGCACCAGCGAAUGAGGGCCGCUUUGUCGCACACCCGCGUCCUGCAUAUCCAUGACCACAGAGUGUCUUUGGACGGUACCUUCCCCGGCGUCAAAGUUCUCGUCCUCCACGAGCUCGUACUUCACGCUUCCUUCUACAUCGACACUCGGCAUCCCAUGAGGGGAUUCUUCCAGACAUUGCUCUCUCGCCAAUUCAGUGACAAUAUAGAUGAAGUCGUCGGGGUUUUGGACCCUUCAGACCACCCCCUGGCUAUCGAGGAGAGUAUUCAAGAACUCCUGUGCUUUUCAGAAGCUCUUCGCGCUCCAAUAAUCACUCUGGAAGGUGCUGCGGGGUCCAGCAUCUUGAAGGCGCUAUCGGUCACUUCCGGCAAGCUGCCGAUUUGCUGGUCAGGGGCCAAGCUCUUGCGUAUUCGUAUUGGGCCCGCCUUUGCAUAG